AUGCCAGCUCUACCUCUCAACAAAGGCUACGAGGAGUCUUUAGUCACUUCCCGGGAUCCCCAAAAGUCGUUGUUUCUGCAUCUUCCAGGUGAUGUUCGAAACAUCGUUUACGAUUUCGUAUUCCGAACUUCCGGCGGGAUAUAUAUCGACACGAGCACGGCCAGUCGCAAACCAUGCCAGGACUCUCGUGGCAUAUUCGCGCUAAGUAUGACCUGCCGAGAGAUCUACAGCGAGACACGAGACCUUCCCUUCUGGUUCAAUACUGUACACCUUCGCGCGCCGGUCCUGCAAGAUCUCCGUGUCGUCCGAUCCAGUGGAUAUCAGGAGUCGGCCCUAGCAUAUCUACCUCCCCAGAGGAUGUUGAGUGGCAAGUCCUACGAGGGAGCCCUGGCCUCUCAGGACCAUAGUAUGCAACGGAAAGCUCAGGAGUACGUAACGCUGGCCAUGCGGAUGCCCCAUAUUGAACACCAUACAAUUUGCCUGCGGGAUUUACUGAGUCGCCCGAUGAUAUUGCAGAGGCUACGCAGGGUGCAGCUUCAUCUUGGAUUCCAGACGAAUAAUGUCUUCCUGGAACGAUUCUAUAUGGCGUGGACAGAAAUCUUGCCCUACGUGCGAUUGCUUCGGGGCCACGUUGACUUGCGACUGUCGUUUCAGUUGAGGCUGAGUCGCCGGCUGGUGGUCGACUACGACUUUGAGGCCAAUCGUUCUGCAGCCAUGCUGAGUGAGAUGGAUUCUUGUGUCUUGGCGGAGGGAGAACUGUCUGUGGCUGAGUUAGCUACGGUCAAUGCCGUAAGACUGCGAGUCUGGAGCGGGCUGUUCGGCGCAGGCGAUAGUUCUGACGGAAAAGUGCCCGGAACCGCAGAUUUAGUGUAGCCGAGGCGGAGUCGGAGUGACAGAUGGCAGGAUGAUGUGAUGAAUUUACGAAUCUAGAUAUGAUGUUAUGAUAUACGAU